AUGAAGAUAUCCAACAUCGUCCUCUGUCUCGUCCCGUCCGUGGCUCUGGCAGCCGAGUUCGAGCAAGAGCCUGCCGUUGCUCUCACACCCUCAGCAGAUAACCUACCCUCCACUUCUUCGCCAGAACUUACGGCACCCUCGAGUAUUGAUGACCAACGGAUCUACGAUCAGUUCGGGAAUGAUAUUACUCCAAGUCUAGACUACCCUGCUGUGGCAGUCAUCCCCAGUAAACAGAGGGUCCCAAUGCCUGUCUUUGAAGGUCAACCAUCUGAACCCGCCCACAGAUCUAUCGAACUGCGCUCAUUGGAAGCGUCAUCUGGAUCGACCAAGUCGCUGAGAGCACGGAGUGAAGGCACACUCGGGCAAACACCUUGGAUUGGUAUGGCCAUUGGGUUGACUUGUACGGCCUUGGCCGCGGUGAUGCUUGGGUGA